AUGAUCAGCAGGAGCAGGAUUGAUAACUUAUUGAGAAAUGACAUUGAGGCUUCGUCAUUCGAUCAUAGCAUGAACAUAGGAAGAUAUGUGACAACCAUCAGAAGCCUUAAAAAGAAGUAUCUUGGCAAUGAAAUCACAUUGCUUGAUAUUUAUCAGUACUACCGAGUACCACUAUCUAUGUAUACAUCCAGGAAAAUGAGAAAUGUGUUUGUGACUGCUUCUCUUUGCCUGACUGUGUACAUUACAUCAAACAUGGACACGCUGAGAAGCAACAGUAUCCCAAGCCUCGGGCUGAAUUUUUCGUCGGCAGCUUUGGUUGUUGGAGGAGCCUUUGUAGGAAAAGAGAUUAUUUCAUAUGUGCUGAACCUGAAAAAAACAAUGUCUAUGUUCUACAUAUACAGAUACAUAUUGAAGAGUGAUACCGAAAGCACCAAGUUCAGGGACAUUGUUGAGCAGAUAAUUAGGCUCGAAAAGGAAAUACACGGAAGAGAGUUGCGUGAGAAAGACAUCCGAUACAUUAUCAACCACGAAAAGUUCCUGUUGCUGCUGCUGAUGAGGAGGUUUCCAUCAAUCUUCGAUCCAAUGUGUUCCAGGUUUUUGCUUUACAUCCUGCAUCUCUACAUUAAUAAAGUAGGCGUACAUGCAAUCGAUGAGCUGUGUGAUGAAAUCAGAGUAGUGGUUUUGAUCAUGGCCGUGCUUUCCCCUGUGAUCUCCAUAUUCUUCAUGCUGUACUAUGUUGCAAAAAUAAUUGAAAACUCUCAGAACUGCAUCUUCUAUGCAUUCAGAAGGGAGCAUAGAACGUCAUUCAAGUAUUUCAUAACAAAAGGCACGGAAUAUCCUCACGAAACCCAGAUGAGGAUUCAAAGGGGUGCAAAGUACCUCGAUCAGUUUUUCCAGCUCAAGAGAGGCAACUAUCUUGUGGGCAUAUGCUCUGCAAUCUCGUUCUUCUUGAGCUGCUUGAUCUUCCUUACUGCAUGCUUGAUGAUCAAGACAGUACUAACAAGCAACUCUACACUCAACGGUGUUUUCCGUGAAAACAUAAAGAUAUUUGGCAGAAAAACAAGCAUAGUCCAUCUGUCAUACUUCAUAGGAGGCAUUUCUUUUUGCCUGAAAUGCUUGAACUUUAGAUAUGCAACGGUUAAUCGUCGGAAGGCAUUUGCAAAAUGGUGCGAAAUCAUGGAUCAGGACGGGCUUCUUAAAUACUCCAGAAACAGAAAGUAUCUGGAGCGUGUCAUAACAAGGUUCUUUGUGCCUAGAAUCUACCUUUUUGUCUUGGAAAUAAUCUCUCCGUUUGUUGUUCCAUUCCAGCUCUCGAGAUUCCGGAGAGAGCUGAGAAGCAUUGAGUUAAUGUUUCAGUCUGCAGGGAAUUAUCAAGAAUACAAUAGAUUCUUCAGAAGCAAACGUGCAUCUGUCCUUGACUUAUAG